AUGCAUCGUGGACAGGCGGGCCUAGCCACGCCCCUCGCCCUGGCGGUCAAGCAGCUGGGCUCGCCCUCGGACGACGAGAUCGAGCGGCUCGAGGAGUUUGUCGACGAGUCGCUCUACCAAGGCAGCUCCGCCAGAGACCGCUGCUCGUGGAACGAGUGCUGGUCGGAGCAGCACUCGCUCGAGCGCGCGUACAACUACCCGCACGUGACCGCCGUCUACUGGUCCCUCUACCGCCUCGGCCGCCGCUUCCGGCCCGCCCGGGUGAGGCGGCACGGAUGGCGCUGGUACCUGCAGCGCGCGCACGGCACGGCGAUGGGGAUGUGGGAGCACGGUGGCGAGGUAUUUCCGCACGAGCAGCAGCGCGUGGCGGGGCAGGCGUGGAGCAAGGUUGGAAACGGCCAGGGCACCGCUCAGUGGGGGCUGAUGGUUGGCUCCAUCUUUGAGUCGCUGCUUCGCGACCUCCUCCUUGAAGGGUGGGCCAACGAGGCGGCGGGCCUGCGGCGGGGCAUCUCUUUACUAGCGGCUGACUAA